AUGGCUACCCCUGCUGCUUUCUCUGACAUCGCCAAGGCGGCCAACGAUCUCCUGAACAAGGACUUCUACCACGCCAACCCGGCCAACCUCGAGGUCAAGUCCAAGGCUCCCAAUGGUGUCACUUUCACCGUGAAGGGCAAGUCCGCCCAUGAGGGUCCCAUUGCUGGCCAGCUCGAGGCCAAAUACGUCGAUGCGCCUACCGGUAAAGACCCACCCACCCGCUUCCCCUCUCCUACCUGUUGCAAACCCCCCGAACCCGAACCCUGCGCGCACGGAGACCCAACGAUGAGAUUCCUCUUUUUUUGCGGACUCUCCACCGCGCACCGGGUGAACCUCUUUUUGACCUCCGAUACCUAUCAACAUGGAAUCAGGCUAAUAUUUUUCCCGGGGACAGGCCUUACCCUCACCCAGGCGUGGACCACCGCCAACGCACUUGACACCAAGCUGGAGCUGGACAACAACAUCGCCAAGGGCCUCAAGGCCGAGAUCCUGACGCAGUACCUGCCCGCUAAGCAGUCCAAGGGCGCCAAGCUGAACCUGUACUUCAAGCAGCCCAACGUGCACGCCCGCGCCUUCUUCGACCUGCUGAACGGCCCCUCCGCUAACUUCGACGCUGUCCUUGGCCACGAGGGCUUCCUCGUUGGUGCUGAGGGUGGCUACGAUGUCAACAAGGCCGCUAUCACCAAGUACUCCGCUGCUGUCGGCUACAGCGUCGCCCAGUACACUGCUGCCAUCACUGCCAGCAACAACCUGUCCCUCUUCUCGGCUAGCUACUACCACCGCGUGAACGCGCAGGUCGAGGCUGGUGCUAAGGCUUCGUGGGACUCUACCUCCGGUAACGCUGUCGGUCUCGAGGUCGCCAGCAAGUACCGCCUGGACCCCUCGUCCUUCGCCAAGGCCAAGAUCAACGACCGUGGUAUCGCCGCCCUGGCCUACAACGUCCUCCUGCGCCCCGGCGUCACCCUCGGCCUGGGUGCCUCCUUCGAUACCCAGAACCUGAACCAGGCCGCCCACAAGGUCGGCGCCAGCUUCACCUUCGAGGCUUAA